UGAUUCAGUCGUCAAGGAACAGCUCCUCGCCAAUAUCCUCCCCUCGUUGCUUACCCAUCUUAAUCAUCUUCACCCUCUUCGCUCUUCUCUUCCUCCUCAACCUCGAUAACUUUAUCGCUCGCACUCGAGCCAUCGCUCGUCAGACCUACAAUGAACAAACUCGACUCUUCAUGAACGCUGAGGGAGGAACCCUAAACCAAGAGUUCGAAAUCACAUGGGGUGAAUCCCGAGCCAAGAUCCACAACAAUGGUGGUCUCCUCACCCUUUCCAUGGACAAGGCCUCCGGCUCCGGUUUUCGCUCUCGCAACGAAUAUUUGUUUGGCAAGAUCGAAAUGCAGGUGAAACUGGUGAGUGGCAACUCGGCUGGAACCGUGACGACAUACUAUAUGUCAUCUGAGGACGGGCUAAUCCACGAUGAGAUAGAUUUUGAGUUCUUAGGUAACGAAACCGGAGAUCCCUACACUCUCCACACAAACGUGUAUUCCCGUGGAAAAGGUGAUAGAGAGCAACAAUUCUUCCUAUGGUUCGAUCCAACAACCGAUUUUCAUACCUACUCCAUUUUAUGGAACCCUUUUAGGAUUGUCUUUUCAGUUGAUGGCACGCCAAUUAGAGAGUUCAAGAACAUGGAGAAGCUAGGGGUACCAUUUCCAACCAAGUUACCCAUGAGGGUAUACUCUAGCAUAUGGAACGGAGAAGAUUGGGCCACAAAGGGAGGUAGGGUUAAAACCGAUUGGAACAAAGCACCUUUCACGGCUUCGUAUAGAAAUUAUAAGGCCAAGGCAUGUAUAUGGAAGUCGGGUUCGUCCUCGUGCGAUUCCAAGAGUCUACGUCCUUCAAACUCGUCGAACAAUGAUUGGCGACGCGAAACGUUGAAUGCUACUGGUUUAGAGAGAAUGAAAUGGGUGCGAGAUAAAUACAUGGUUUAUGAUUAUUGUAACGAUAAAAUGAGGUUUCCCCAAGGUCUUCCUCCCGAAUGUACGGUGGUCAGGGAAACCUUGCGAUUAUCGGCGUUCUGA